UUCUUCUGCCCUAGGGAACAAGUGCAGAACAGGACAAUCGCUUCAGCAACAAGCAGAAGAAGCUGUUGAAGCAGUUGAAAUUUGCAGAAUGCUUAGAAAAGAAGGUGGACAUGAGCAAAGUAAAUCUGGAAGUAAUCAAACCAUGGAUAACAAAACGAGUAACAGAAAUCCUUGGAUUUGAAGAUGAUGUAGUAAUUGAAUUUAUAUUCAACCAGUUGGAAGUGAAGAAUCCAGAUUCCAAAAUGAUGCAAAUCAACCUGACUGGUUUUUUGAAUGGGAAAAAUGCUAGGGAGUUCAUGGGAGAACUGUGGCCACUGCUGUUAAGUGCACAGGAAAACAUUGCUGGUAUUCCAACUGCAUUUCUGGAACUGAAGAAAGAAGAAAUAAAACAGCGACAGAUAGAGCAAGAGAAACUGGCUUCUAUGAAGAAACAAGAUGAAGACAAGGAGAAGAGGGAAAAGGAAGACAAAGACAACCGAGAAAAAAGAGACAGAUCCAGGAGUCCCAGAAGACGCAAAUCAAGGUCUCCUUCCCCUCGAAGGAGGUCGUCGCCUGUCAGAAGAGAGCGGAAGCGCAGCCAUUCUCGCUCCCCUCAUCACAGAACCAAGAGCCGCAGUGCUACUCCUGCACCAGAAAAGAAAGAGGCGACUCCUGAGCCAGAGCCCUCUGUGAAACCAAAGGAGGCUGUUGUUCAAGAGGCAACUUCAAACAAUGAUAUCCCAAAAGCUCCUAAACCUGAACCUCCUGUACCAGAGACUAAGGAAGCUUCACCAGAACGUAAUUCAAAGAAGGAGAGAGAGAAGGAAAAAGAGAAGACUCGUCAAAGAUCCCCAACUCGGUCCAAGUCAAGGUCAAGAUCUCGAUCACGUUCUCCAUCUCAUUCUCGACCAAGAAGGCGUCAUAGAUCACGGUCAAGGUCUUACUCCCCUAGAAGGCGACCAAGCCCAAGACGACGGCCAUCUCCAAGGAGGAGGAGCCCUCCGAGGCGAAUGCCUCCCCCACCCAGACACAGAAGAAGCAGAUCCCCUGUGAGGCGGAGAAGACGGUCAUCAGCAUCCUUAUCUGGCAGUAGCUCUUCCUCUUCCUCCUCACGUUCCCGAUCACCACCAAAGAAACAACCUAAAAGAACUGUAUCCAGUCCUCCUCGUAAAACACGUAGACUCUCUCCUUCUGCAAGUCCUCCGAGGCGGAGGCACAGACCAUCCCCACCAGCAAGUCCACCUCCAAAACCACGUAGAUCUCCAACACCCCAGCAGUCGAAUCGUGCAAGAAAAAGCCGUAGCUCUGUUUCACCUGGCAGAGCAUCAGGUAAUCAAAUAACCAAACAUAAGAGUACUGAAAAAAGAGAAUCUCCAUCGCCAGCACCAAAACCAAGGAAAGCAGAACUGUCUGAAUCAGAAGAAGAUAAAGGAGGUAAAAUGGCUGCAGCAGAUUCAGUUCAGCAGAGGCGUCAGUACAGAAGACAAAAUCAACAGUCUUCAUCUGAUUCUGGUUCUUCGUCUUCAUCUGAAGAGGAAAGACCUAAAAGAUCCAAUGUGAAGAAUGGGGAGGUUGGUAGACGCCGACGCCAUUCACAUUCGCGCAGUCCAUCACCGUCUCCACGAAAACGACAGAAGGAGUCCUCCCCUCGGAUGCAGAUGGAAAAGAGGUGGCAGUCGCCAGUGAUGAAAAGCAGGAGGAGGAGAAGUCCAUCACCCCCACCAGCCAGGCGGCGACGCUCUCCUUCACCCGCCCCUCCUCCUAGGCGACGGCGCUCCCCUUCCUUACCUCGUCGGAGGUCUCCAUCACCACCCCCACGCAGACGUUCGCCUUCUCCGCGGAGAUACUCUCCACCAAUACAGAGACGAUACUCUCCUUCCCCACCACCGAAGAGAAGAACAGCCUCUCCUCCUCCCCCGCCUAAACGCAGAGCAUCACCUUCUCCACAGUCCAAGCGCAGAGUCUCCCAUUCACCGCCGCCAAAACAAAGGAGCUCACCAGCCGCUAAAAGGCGUUCACCUUCGAUAUCUUCCAAGCACAGGAAGGGAUCUCCUCCCAGUAGGUCCAAUCGGGAAACACGUUCUCCACCACAAAACAAAAGGCAUUCACCUUCACCACGGCCUCGAGCUUCUCAUACCUCUGCAAGCCCACCACCACCACGAAGGGGAGCUUCAGCUUCACCCCAGAGAAGACAGUCUCCAUCUCCAAGCACUAGACCCAUCAGGAGGGUGUCAAGAACACCAGAACCUAAGAAGACAAAGGCUUCCACACCAAGUCCACGAUCUGCGAGACGAGUCUCUUCAUCACGGUCUGCAUCAGGAUCACCCGAGCAAGCACCGAAGAAACACCAAGGACCUCCAUCUCCUACUCGAUCUCGUUCCCCUUCUGCAAACUGGUCACCUGCAAAAAAGGCUAAAAGCCCAACUCAGAGCCCGUCACCUGCAAGGAAUUCAGAUCAAGAAGGGGGUGGAAAGAAGAAGAAGAAAAAGAAGGAUAAGAAGCAUAAAAAGGAUAAAAAGCACAAGAAACACAAAAAACAUAAGAAGGAGAAGGCUGCAGCGGCUGCAGCAGCUGCUGCUGUGGCUGCAGCAGAUACCACCUCUGCACAGGAAGAGCAGGAAGCAGAGACAGAACCCAAAAAGGAGACAGAAAGUGAACCAGAAGACAACCUUGAUGAUCUAGAAAAACACCUGCGAGAGAAAGCACUGAGGUCAAUGAGGAAGGCGCAAGUGUCACCCCCAUCCUAGGCUGAAUCCUUUGAUAUAAUGUAUAUUUUAUUUGGUUUGUACUCAGAAUUCAAUUUCAAAUUGCUAAAUGUGUUUGAGCUUUAGAAUAUAACAUUUGUUGUAAUAAUUGCUAGGUUGAGGUUCACCAUGUACAAAGGGCAUGGAUUUACAUUACAAAAGGUGUCCACAGUGUACUAGUGACAUUCUUUCAUUGGCAGUCAACAUAAUUUCAUUUAGAGUGAGACUUUUUAGAAGCAGUAGGAAUUUGUUUUGAAGGUUUUAAACAUGACCCCUCGAUUUCCCUAGUUUCUUUGAAAUUCAACGAAAGCCUUUAGCAUAAUUUGUGAGGGGCUUAUUUGACUUCUUUUUUUCUCUCCGUUUACAUUAUGCUACUAACCUUUGUGGUUUGUAAGCUUGCCCAGAAAUAAAACCACUGCAGAAUUACCAAGGAAUUACAUCUAUUUUAAUGCUUUCUACUGUUGCCUGUAUAGUCUCCAUUAAAGCAAAUCAAGAAUAGCAGUUUAGAAUGGUACAUAAAUGAAAGCAUGUUGUUUACCAGGACACUGUGGGUUUAUAUUGAUGUAACAUGUUGAUUUGGAACACUGGAAUUUCAUUUGUAUUUUUAUGUUCUUUUUUUUUUUUUAAAGGGCAGUUUCCAUGAUCAGCAGUCCCAGAAAAAAUAAAAUAAAAUAUAUAAAAAAAAAAAGAAUCCUUCAGUUACAUAAAUUUUGUUUGUGAGAUGUCGUUGCCCCAUUCAUAAAUCUUGUCUCGUUACGGUUCUUCUGAAUGGUAUAAG